AUGUGCAAGGGUCUACUUUUCUUCCCUUUGCCUCUGUUUCCCCAGUAUAUACAAGCUGAACCACCUACCAACAAGUCCUUGUCUAGCCUGGUUGUACAGUUGCUACAAUUUCAGGAAGAAGUUUUUGGCAAACAUGUCAGCAACGCACCGCUCACUAAACUGCCGAUCAAAUGUUUCCUAGAUUUCAAAGCAGGAGGCUCCCUGUGCCACAUACUUGCAGCUGCCUACAAAUUCAAGAGUGACCAGGGAUGGCGGCGUUACGAUUUCCAGAAUCCAUCCCGCAUGGACCGCAACGUGGAAAUGUUCAUGACCAUUGAGAAGUCCUUGGUGCAGAAUAACUGCCUGUCUCGACCUAACAUUUUUCUGUGCCCAGAAAUUGAACCCAAACUGCUAGGGAAAUUAAAGGACAUUAUCAAGAGACACCAGGGAACAGUCACUGAAGAUAAGAACAAUGCCUCUCAUGUUGUGUAUCCUGUCCCAGGGAACCUGGAAGAAGAGGAAUGGGUACGACCGGUCAUGAAGCGGGAUAAGCAGGUUCUUCUGCACUGGGGCUACUAUCCUGACAGUUACGACACGUGGAUCCCAGCCAGUGAAAUUGAAGCAUCUCUGGAGGAUGCCCCAACUCCUGAGAAACCUAGGAAGGUUCAUGCAAAGUGGAUUCUGGACACAGACACUUUCAAUGAAUGGAUGAACGAGGAAGACUACGAGGUAAAUGAUGACAAAAGCCCCGUCUCCCGCCGAAAGAAGAUUUCAGCCAAGACGCUGACAGAUGAGGUGAACAGCCCAGAUUCAGAUCGACGGGACAAGAAAGGGGGGAACUAUAAGAAGAGGAAGCGCUCCCCCUCUCCUUCACCAACCCCAGAAGCUAAGAAGAAAAAUGCUAAGAAAGGUCCCUCAACACCUUACACCAAGUCAAAGCGUGGCCACAGAGAGGAGGAGCAAGAAGAUCUGACAAAGGACAUGGAUGAGCCUUCACCAGUCCCCAACGUAGAGGAGGUGACGUUGCCUAAAACAGUCAACACUAAGAAGGAUUCAGAGUCAGCCCCAGUCAAAGGAGGCACCAUGACUGACCUGGAUGAACAGGAGGACGAAAGCAUGGAGACCACGGGCAAGGAUGAGGAUGAAAACAGUACGGGAAACAAAGGGGAGCAGACGAAGAAUCCGGACCUACAUGAGGACAACGUGACUGAACAGACCCACCACAUCAUCAUUCCCAGCUAUGCCGCCUGGUUUGACUAUAAUAGUGUUCAUGCCAUUGAGCGGAGGGCUCUCCCCGAGUUCUUUAACGGCAAGAACAAGUCCAAGACUCCAGAAAUCUACCUGGCUUAUCGAAACUUCAUGAUUGACACGUACCGGCUGAACCCCCAAGAGUACCUCACCUCCACUGCCUGCCGCAGGAAUCUGGCCGGUGAUGUCUGUGCCAUCAUGAGGGUCCAUGCCUUCCUAGAGCAGUGGGGUCUUAUUAACUACCAGGUGGAUGCGGAGAGUCGACCAACCCCGAUGGGGCCUCCGCCCACCUCUCACUUCCAUGUCUUGGCAGACACGCCAUCAGGGCUGGUGCCUCUGCAGCCUAAGACCCCGCAGGGCCGCCAGGUUGAUGCUGAUACCAAGGCUGGGCGAAAGGGCAAAGAGCUGGAUGACCUGGUGCCAGAGACGGCUAAGGGCAAGCCAGAGCUGCAGACCUCUGCUUCCCAGCAAAUGCUCAACUUCCCUGACAAAGGCAAAGAGAAACCGACAGACAUGCAGAACUUUGGGCUGCGCACAGACAUGUACACAAAGAAGAACGUCCCCUCCAAGAGUAAAGCUGCGGCCAGUGCCACUCGAGAGUGGACGGAACAGGAGACCCUGCUGCUCCUGGAGGCACUGGAAAUGUACAAAGAUGACUGGAACAAAGUGUCAGAGCACGUGGGAAGCCGCACGCAGGAUGAGUGCAUCUUGCAUUUUCUUCGUCUUCCCAUUGAAGACCCGUACCUGGAGGACUCAGAGGCCUCCCUGGGCCCCCUGGCCUACCAACCUAUCCCCUUCAGUCAGUCAGGCAACCCUGUUAUGAGCACUGUUGCCUUCCUGGCCUCUGUCGUCGAUCCUCGAGUCGCCUCUGCUGCUGCGAAGUCGGCCCUAGAAGAGUUCUCCAAAAUGAAGGAAGAAGUGCCCACAGCCUUGGUGGAGGCCCACGUUCGGAAAGUGGAGGAGGCCGCCAAAGUGACGGGCAAGGCCGACCCAGCCUUCGGUCUAGAGAGCAGCGGUAUUGCGGGAACCACGUCUGACGAGCCCGAGCGGAUCGAGGAGAGCGGAACAGACGAGGCACGACCGGAGGGCCAGGCUGCGGAGGAGAAGAAGGAGCCUAAGGAACCCCGAGAAGGAGUUGGGGCUGCCGAAGAAGAAACAAAGGAGAAGACCAGCGAGGUCCCCAAGAAGGAUGAAGAGAGAGGGAAACAAGGUGACAGCGAGAAGGAGUCAGAGAAGAGCGACGGGGACCCCAUAGUUGACCCGGACAAGGAGAAGGAGCCAAAGGAAGGGCAAGAGGAAGUGCUGAAGGACGUGGUAGAGUCGGAGGGGGAGAGGAAGACGAAGGUGGAGCGCGACAUCGGUGAGGGCAAUCUCUCCACCGCCGCCGCUGCCGCCCUGGCCGCUGCCGCCGUGAAGGCCAAGCACCUGGCCGCCGUGGAGGAGAGGAAGAUCAAAUCGCUGGUGGCCCUGCUGGUGGAGACCCAGAUGAAGAAGCUGGAGAUCAAACUCCGGCACUUUGAAGAGUUGGAGACGAUCAUGGACCGGGAGCGAGAGGCACUGGAGUAUCAGAGGCAGCAGCUCCUGGCCGACAGACAAGCCUUCCACAUGGAGCAGCUGAAGUAUGCGGAGAUGAGGGCCCGGCAGCAGCACUUCCAGCAAAUGCACCAACAGCAGCAGCAGCCUCCGCCAGCCCUGCCCCCAGGCUCCCAGCCUGUCCCACCUGCGGGUGCCGCCGGGCCGCCCACGGUUCACAGCCUGGCUAUGGCUCCGGCCUCUGUGGCCCCUGCCCCUGCUGGCGGUGGGGCUCCCCCUGGAAGCUUGGGCCCCUCUGAACAGAUAGGGCAGGCGGGGUCAGCCGCGGGGCCGCAGCAGCAGCAGCCAGCUGGAGCGCCCCAGCCUGGGGCAGUCCCACCAGGGGUACCCCCCCCUGGACCCCAUGGCCCCUCACCGUUCCCCAACCAACAAACUCCUCCCGCAAUGAUGCCAGGGGCAGUGCCAGGCAGCGGGCACCCAGGCGUGGCGGCCCAGAGCCCUGCCAUUGUGGCAGCUGUUCAGGGCAACCUCCUGCCCAGUGCCAGCCCACUGCCAGACCCAGGUACCCCCCUGCCUCCAGACCCCACGGCCCCGAGCCCAGGCACAGUUACCCCUGUGCCACCUCCACAGUGAGGAGCCAGCCAGACAUCUCUCUCCCUCACCCCUAUGGAGAUCAAGGUUCCAGGAACAGCCCUCUCCCCACCACUGGGACCCCUCCCCAGCCUGGAGAGUUCAUCACUACGUAAGGAAAGCUCCUCCUGCCCCUGCAAAGCCCCCACCGUGCCUGUCAGAGACAUGCACUUUUAUAUCGGAUUAUUCAAGGACUUCUGUUUAAAAGAUGUUUCUAAUGUCGGGGAGAGAGGAUAGGAUGGGGAUGCUGCCCUCAAAGAAGGGGCUGGGGAAAGGUUUAUACAAGGUUCUAAUUAACCACUUUUAAGGGUGCACUCCCUCAAAACUACUGCAUUUUUUAUGGAUGAAAAAACAAAACAAACGAAGCCCUUCAAAGGAAGUAGAGAGAGAUAAAAAAGCCACAUUGGAGCUCCCUCCACCCACUUAAAAAAAAAAAUCCAACUUUUACAUUUUUUGGAGGAGGGAAGUGACAGGAAAGGGGAAUUAAGGUUCUGGGAGAGCUCUGGGGAUAGAAUAGGGUGCAGAAUCUGUCUCCUCCAGCCCCUCGUUAGUGACUGAAUUGACUCCCAAACCCCCUCAGCCACCCCAUCCCCAGUUUAUUCCUACUAAUCUCUCUUGCUGCCUCCUCAGUGUUGCUGUUUUAGGCCACCCCAGCUCAGCCCAUGACCCCUUGCCCCCUGAAUGUCGGUUUUGUGUUUUUAAAAGUCACCUGUGUAGUUGAUGUCAGCGUAUGUGUAUUUGGUGGGGAAACACAUUUUGGGGAUUCCUGUGGUAGGUAAUAGAGGACAAAAGGGCACUGUUCCUCCUCCCUGGGCCCUGUCACUCGGCUCCUAGAAGACAUGGAGAGGGGAGCUAGAGAGGAUGGGGAGUUGUAAAAACCUGAAUUUUUCAAAAAGCACUUAAGCACCUCCUUCUUAUGACUUGGUGGGUCACCCCUCUAACCUCUUCCACCAAGACCAUCAGAACCUUGACUGGUAGCUAGGGGUUCCCUGGGAUUUGGCAACAGUGGAGGAGGGGUACCCGACCCAGGGUAGUGCCUACCCCCAGCUUACAGCUUGGCUCUGCUCCCUGGAUUCCACUGCCUCCCCUACCACCUUUCCUCCCUUCUUCAUCCUUGACGUGAAGGCAGACGGGACUCCGGGCUCUCCACCAGUUCUUCCUGGUCCCUCCCACCAGGCCUUUUUUCCUCACGUCCCCGUGUUUCUCUUCCUCUGCGUCUUGGCACCUUUCUUCUGUUCAAAAAAGUUUUCUGUAAAUUUUUUUUUUCUUCUUUUUUUUUUUUUUUUUUUAUAAAUUAAUUUGCUUU